AAUUCAGUCUCCUAUACAAGGAAGGAAACAUAACAUAUGAGCAGUUGGAUGAGGUCCCAGGUGACAUGGAGUAGCACAUAUGCGGAUUUACCUGUGUGGUGUCUAUAAAUGUAAAUUAUAUAUAGGAAAUAUACUGAGGAGCAGCUUUUGCAUUAAGGACAGGCACUUCCAUUAAUAAUUAGAGGGGAUUGAUGUCAGGGCCUACUAUUGUAGAGGUUUCAGCAGGGAUAUUGGUUAUUGAUCCAAAAUUAUUGGGGAGAUUUAUCAAUCAUCCUAAAACCCUAUUAUAUGUAUGAAUCCAGCAGAUCAUCUACAUACAAAAGAGCUGGUUUGUGAUUGGUUGGUCUUGAUACAAGUGAGCUGGCCUGUGAUUGGUCGGUCUGGCUUGGCACCUGCACGGUAUGUUUGUCUGUUGUCCUGACAACCAACCACUCAGCUGGAGCGACCGCCAGAGGAGGAGCUAUUCUGUGAUUUCUGAGCCGUACAAGUGCAUUAUUGUAUUAUUUGUUGCGUCUUAGUGUCUGUGUGUGUUGUUUGUUGUUGUGUGUCUGUGUGUCUGUGCUUUUAUUUCAGGUAACACCUCACUUUCCGGUUAUACCAUCCUUUCCGGAUCAUCCAGUGAACGAGUCAAUAAGCUGACCUCUGUCUCUUUUUUUGGAGAUGGAGCGCCACACUUUUGAAAGGACACCCCACUAUGACUACACGGAUGACGAGUACCUAAUAUGAUAGAUUUACCAAGACCAGCAAUUCAUAACAGAUGUAAAGUAAACUAUCUACAGCCAACCCAUACACAAUGUAUAGAGAGGCAGAGCACAUACAUGACUGCCUUUCCAUGCUCGAUAUCACAGGUGGUCCCAACAAUGAGACCCCUGCAAUCAUACUGCAUACUUAUCCCCCUUUCUGGGAAUAGGGUAUACAUCUUAACCUCUUAAGGACGCAGGGCGUAUGGAUACGCCCUGCAUUCCGAGUCCUUAAAGACGCAGGGCGUAUCCAUAUGCCCGUGGGAAUUUCGGUCCCCACCGUUAGCCGGUUGGGGACCGGAGCCGGAUGCCUGCUGAAAUCUGCCCGCCCCUGGUUGUCAAGGGGCUCUGGAAAGAAGAUGGAGGCCGUACCUGCAGGAGAAGAUGCCUGGGGACCUGGGAUCUUCGCUUGAGCCUGCAGGAUCCUGAUCAGGUCUUUGAGAUGAACAGAAGGGCCAUAGACAUUAUCACAGCGUUCCAGGAAGAAAACAGAGAACAGGAACUAAGGAUCACCCAAUACUAUGAAGAAGAGGAGAAGAAGGAGAAGGAAAACAAAGAAGAGGAAGAGGAAAAAGAGGAGGAUGAAGGGGAGGAAAAAGAAGAGGAAGAGAAGGAGAAAAAGAAGAAAUAUGAAGAGGAGAAGGAGAACGAAGAUGAGAAGCAGGAUGAAGGGGACAAUGAAGAAAAAAAAGAAGAGAAGGAGGAAGAGAAUGACAGAAAGGAGAAAGAACAAGUGGAGAAGAAUGAAGGGCAGAAUGAAGCAGAGGAAGAGGUAAAGAAGGAGAAAGAUGAAAAGGUAAUAGAAGAAGAAGAAGAAGAAGAAGAGCUAACUUGCUGCACGUGGUUUUGUACACCAACUAGAGCCUUCAUCAGCAGCGUAACAAACUUUUUCUUUACCAAAUGUGGAGGACUCCCUUAACAUCAAGUGGAGUCUGGAGGAGGCGCUGUUAAAGAGAUUAUCAAUAGGUAUUACCUUUCUUCCCUUCCCAGCAGCUCACUUCUGAUUUGGUCUCUACUCUUCCUAAUACCUUCUGGUAUGAAAAGGUAGAUCUUAGAUGGCAGAGCAGGUACUAUGCUGAAGCCUUUACAUGCAGGUGAAACCAGUGGCAGCAAAUGUAUGCAACAUUGUGUGUACAUUGGCUACCAUAUGGAGGCAUGGUUUUGCCCACAUGUGGUGACCACAACAAAGUACUUGACCCACCAUCUCAUUCCCCCCCUUUUAUUCCAGGUGAUAAGUCAACAGGGAAAGAGACCAAGCUUGAAGUGAGCCACUGGGAACCAGGGAAAGAUAAUGCCAUUUUAGAUGCUGAGAUAACCCCUUUAACAUGUAGAGGCAAAUGAGGCGCCAUUACUAUCAGGAGGGUUCAUUUGCCUCAUAUGGGGUAGGAGGAGACCCCCUUUAAGAUCAAAGAUUGGAGGACAAGACUCCCUUAA